AUGAAGGAACCAGGGUCUCUUCUGCAAUACAGCUACUUACUGGUGGCUCUCUUAAUGUGGAUGCCAGAUGCAACUUGCUUGGUGACACCAUCAUUGGUACUGAGAAAGAAUGUCAAUGUCAGUCUUAAAAUCCACAGUUCUGACCAUUUCUCGUGGAGAACGAAGCCGUUGCUAGCUUGGUCCACUACAGACUUCCCGGGGGGUGAAGAUCUCAGCAACGAAAGUGGAAUCGGCGUGAACAAUUUUUCAAUAAAAGAACCAAACCCAGAGCUGAAUGGCUUGGAGGUGGCGACGCUCUGUAUGAAUGCAUUGCAGCACGAGAUGCCACAAAAGUCUUUGGAAAUAUGUUUCAACUUUAGUUCUGAUCGAUGUCGAGCAGCAGUGGGAGGAACGCUGGAGGAAUUUGUCCGGUAUGCCGCCAAUCCUGUGUUUGGGAAGUUGGUGCGCUGUCCCAGCUAUGAUAUUAUUUCCGUGGGUCCCAUUAUUCCAGGAUCUAACGUACGAGGGGACAUGCAAACCAUAUUGAUUCAACUUUCCAAAGGGGAUGGUGUCAGUGAGGCCCUAAAUCAGGCUAUUCAGAGUCACAAUAGUAAUGUUGAAGGGGGUGGUGCUGUUGCAAAUCGAAGGCCGAUUGAAGAGCGGAUUGCGGAAAUGGAUGCCAAGAUGAAAGGGGAAACGAUACCCAAACCUUCCGAGGUCGAAGGUGCAAGAACCAAACCCAUUCGAUUCUUGUGGACCAUGCAAAAGGAACGACGGCCUCCAAGACAAAACUGUUGGCUGGUCCACGAAGUCCUCUUUGUGAACAAUGCCCAUCAACUUACAGUAUAG